CGGGCGCAAGGCGUCCGGAGAACCCAGUAAUCCGAGAAUGCAGCAUCAGCCCUUCCCACCAAGCACUUCCUUCCUUUUCCCGAACGUCCAGAGAGGGAGGGCCGCGCAUUUAUAAACUGGAGCCGCAGCGGAGUAGCAUGUCAGAGGCUGACUCGCCGGUACUACGAGCCUGGGCUAGAAACGUCUAGGCUACCACAGGGGCUAGCUGUUGUCGCCUGAGGCGUCCGAAAUUCCCUUGCCGGUGCUGGGUGCCUGCACCGUCUCUUGGCUAGCAUUUUCCCGGGAGCUUGCACGCGAACCCCUGGACAGCAUGCUUGGGGUUCUUCUUCUGGGUUUGUUGGCUCCAGCUGGCCUGGGGAUCUCCGCACUAACCAAGUUGCAGUCCAGAGGCAGUCAGUGCGUGGAAUACGAGUGCUUCGCGCUUUUCCAGGGCCCCAUGAACUUCCUCGCUGCCAGCCUUGCCUGCGAAAGCCUGAACGGACAUCUAAUGACAGUGCGCUCCUCAGUGGCUGCCGAUGUCAUCUCCCUUUUGCUGAGCGACGACAGUAGUAUGAACUCACGCCCCUGGAUCGGUUUACAGCUCCCGGAGGGCUGCGGCGACCCGGGGCAUUCCGGGCCUUUGCGCGGCUUCCAAUGGGUUACAGGCGACAACCACACCAGUUACAGCAGGUGGGCGCGGCCCAAAGACCAGGAGUCUCCACUCUGUGGCCCGCUGUGCGUCACGGUCUCAACAGCAAUAGCAGCAGCACCGGGUGAGCCGGCCUGGGAGGAGCAGCAGUGUGAGACUGAAGCCGACAGCUUCCUCUGUGAGUUCCACUUCACAACGUCCUGCAGGCCUUUGGAGGUGGAUCCCCCAGGUCCCGAGGCUGCCCACCUCUCCAUCACCUACAACACACCAUUCGGCGUCCGUGGUGCGGACUUUCAGACUCUGCCAAUAGGCAGCUCGGCUAUUGUGGAGUCCCUCGGUUUGGAGCUAGUGUGUAGAGCCCAGCUUGGAAUUUCGGAGGGACACUGGUCUCGGGAAGCGCCUGGAGCCUGGAACUGCAGCGUGGAAAAAGGUGGCUGCGAGUACUCGUGCAACCACAGCAUGGGCGAGCCCAGAUGCCUCUGCCCCACAGACACCGUCCUGCAGGCUGAUGGUCGCUCAUGCAUAAAACCGGAGGUGCCCUCGUGCACUGACCUUUGCGAGCAUUUUUGCGUCGCCAACCCGGACGACCCAGGCUCGUACACCUGUAUGUGCGAGACUGGCUACCAGUUGGCAGCUGACAAACACCGGUGCGAGGAUGUGGACGACUGUAGGCAGGGGCCCAAUCCAUGCCCGCAGCGCUGUGUCAACACCAAGGGCGGCUUUGAAUGUCUCUGCUAUGAUGGCUUUGAGUUGGUGGAUGGAGAGUGCGUGGAGCUCCUGGAUCCGUGCUACGGAUCUGACUGCGAAUAUCAGUGCCAGCCAGUGAGUCCCACAGAGUACAUUUGCAUCUGUGCUGAGGGCUUCGCACCCAAACCCGGGGAACCGCACAGGUGUGAAAUGUUCUGCAAUGAAAGUUCAUGCCCGGCUGACUGUGACCCUAACACUCCUGAUUUUUGCCAUUGCCCUGAGGGCUUUAUUCUGGACGAAGGUCACAUAUGCGUGGACAUUGACGAGUGCAGUCAAGAGGAAUGCUCCCGCAAUGAGUGUCGAAAUCUUCCCGGCUCCUAUGAGUGCAUCUGUGGGCCUGACACAGCUCUUGCUGGCCAGGUUAGCAAGGACUGUGAUCCCACCCCUGUUAUUGAAUACAACGAGGACCAUGGCUCUGGGGAGCCCCCAGUCAGUCCAACACCAGGCUCUCCCACAGGUCCGCCCUCAGCAAAGCCAGUGCAUUCUGGCGUUCUCAUUGGCAUCUCCAUCGCCAGCCUGUCCCUGGUGGUGGCGCUUUUGGCGCUUCUAUGUCACCUGCGCAAGAAGCAGGGAGCCGCACGUGCAGAGCUAGAGUACAAGUGUGCAUCACCAGCCAAGGAGGUCGUACUGCAGCAUGUAAGGACUGAUCGGACGCUGCACAAGUUCUGAGGGACUUUGCUCCAGAGACCCCAGGGUGCCUUUGUCUUUCCUGGUUCAGUACCUCUUCUCUCUAUCUCUGGCCUCCCAGCUGUGCUCUCUGGCAACUUAAAAGCCUCCUGGCUGACACAAAAACUGAUAACCGGAGAGGACCCUGCCCCAUCCUCGUGAGAAGCAGGGGUGAGGAGGACUUGAAGCAGGAGAGCCCAGCUUCUUCCAAGUGGAUACGGGACACCUGGGUGGGGGUGACAAAUACACAGUGAAGAUCAGACUGCAGAGCGUCCCAGGCCCUCACCUCAGGGUCCAGGAUGUAUAGGCGCUGCUGAUCUUUAGCCUUUAGGCAAACCUUGACCACACAGGCUAGAGAUGACCCAGAUAUUUAUUUUUUUAAGUAUUUAGCAUUUUCUUCCCUUCGGUUUUUCCCUGCCUCUACGUCUCCAGUCCCCUUGUCCUUUCUUUCUCUGUGUCCCUCCAUUUCUUCCCCUCCCCUUCACACCCCCUUCUCACUUUUCUCCUUCCAAACCUCAUCUUACUUUGCUUUCACCCUCCUCUCCAGACAAAACUCUUAUGUGAAACAGAAAAGAAAAAACACUACAAGCAAAAGUUGUCUUUUUCACUGGCUUUGGCAAUUUACUUGGAAAAUUCAGGUUUCCAGAGCAAAAUAAUUUUAAUGAAAGUUAAAAUGUUACAGCUGAACACUAGUUGAUAAUGCUGGAAUGUCACAGAAACUAAACUCAAGGAGAUUGGGGGUUUUGUUGUUGUUGUUGUUUUUCUCAUCUUUAUUGUUGAAAGAACGAGUCUGGGUAUUUUUGUUAUUGUUGCUGUUGUUUUGAUUUAGAAUGACAAAACAGUAAUUAUUUUUAAGCUUUUUAUACAGGUUCCUAUAGUGUUACUAAUUUUUGACAGUGUUGAAAAUGUUUGGAUGAGUCUUAGUCCUAUGUUUUGUUGUUGCAAUAGGACAUUGCCAUCUUCAGAUGUAUUGGGCCACAUAACUAUCCUGGGAUGUAUGUGGUCCUUAGGCUGGACAUAUCUGAGACUGACAGAUGGAAGCAUCUUCCAGCAGUUUUGAGUUGUAUGCUUUGUGCCUAGCUGACUUUCAACUGCUCUUUGCCACUUAUAGUCCCAAAUAAAAGCAGUGUGCUGCUUUGGGAGAUGUGGGAACUUGAGAAUGGGCCUGGAGGGUGCCUGGUUAGGGUCUUGUCUUAAUGAGCUCUUGGACAAUAUCUUCUACUUCAGAGGGACCUUCUAGCCCUGGCCACGGGCCUGUACACAAGAAUUGGGACCUCUCUUGGGAUCUGGCUAGAAUUGCAAAAUCGUAAGUGUACCACCCCACCCCCUUCACAAGAAGCUGCAUUUUAACAAGUUUCCAACUUUCUGGAGGACAAUAAAUGUCAGUUAAUAAUAAGUAGCAGGCCAUGUUAGGCCAAUUAGUAUCAAGAAACUGAGGAAUUUUUCACUGCGUAGCUUUGCUUUCUGGCUAAAAAAAAAAAAAAAAAAAAAAAAUGACUAGGUACACAUCUCUAGAUAUUGCCACACAGGGUCAGAAGGGUUUUGGUUUAACUAAGCUAAGAAUGAACUUAUAUGUCAGUGUAAGGAUCAGAUGUAUCAUAUGUGUAUCUUUUAUAAGGAAAGGUUUUUCUUUACUGUUUUGUAAGCUCAGCAUAUUUGUAUAUAGUUAUUUAUUGGAGUUUAGCUGGAACACAGGCAAAGCCUUUGCUUAUGAUGUCAUAUGUACAAAAUAAACAGAUUACAAUGAA